GGGGCGACAAUUCGGAUGAACUCAGUGAUAUAAAUACACUGGCGUUUGCCUCGUGCGUGUGGUUUUCGUGUGCGCGUCCCCCGGGCGGAGGGUGGCACCCGGCGCACUGAGCGGGGGGAGUCUGGAGCCGUGCGCCGCCUGGCAGCCUCCACGCGCCAUGGAGAGCGACGACGAGAACGCGGAGGAGGUCGUGGAAGGCCCAGUGGAUGAGGAUGGUCAGCCCCACGGUUUCUGCACAGUCACCUACUCGUCAAGCGACCGCUUCGAGGGGCACUUCACCCACGGAGAGAAAAACGGCAAGGGCAAGUUCUUCUUCUUUGAUGGAAGUACCUUAGAGGGCUUCUAUGUAGACGAUGCCUUGCUGGGGCAGGGGGUGUACACGUAUGAAGAUGGGGGUUACCUCCUCGGAACCUAUGUGGACGGUGAGCUCAACGGGCCUGCUCAGGAGUUCGAUGCGGAGGGACGUCUCGCCUUCAAGGGCCAGUACAAAGACAACAGCCGCUGCGGGGAAUGCUGGGUGUACUACCCCGACGGGGGCUGCGUGUUCGGGGAGGUGAACGAGGACGGGGAGCUGACCGGAGACUCGGUGGCCUACAUCUACCCCGACGGCCACACGGCCCUCCGCGGAAGCUUCGUGGACGGGGAGUUGAUCGAGGCUCGCCUGGCCAGUCAUAUCUCCAAAGCAGCCGAAAGGCCGCGCUUCGAGUUCGCACCAAAAAGUCCUGUGUACUCCUAUGACAAGUCCACGUCCACCUGUAUUACGUCCCAUGCUCUGCUCGCUGACCCCUAUGAGAGCCAGAGAGUGUUCGUGGCGGACUCUACCAUCACCGGGGCGGGACAGGGCCUGUUCGCCAAGUCGGACGCCGCGCCCGGCACCGUGAUGGCCUUCUACAAUGGAGUCCGCAUCACUCACUCUGAGGUGGACAGCCGGGACUGGGCGCUGAAUGGAAACACCAUCUCUCUGGACGAAGACACGGUGAUCGACGUGCCUCGGCCCUUUGACCAGAUGGAGAGGUACUGCGCCUCGCUGGGGCACAAGGCCAACCACUCCUUCACCCCCAACUGCAAAUAUGAUCCGUUCGUCCACCCACGUUUUGGGCCGAUCAAGUGCAUCCGGACGCUGAUGGCGGUGCAGAAAGACGAGGAGCUCACCGUCGCCUACGGGUAUGACCACGAGGGAAAAAGUGGCCCCGAGGCUCCCGAUUGGUACAAGCAAGAGCUGAAGCUGUUCCAGCUGAGCCAGGAACAGCCUACAGGCCAGUGAGAGGCGAUAUCUCCCGAUGUCCCCGGAUAUCCCCUGCUGCUGGCCAUGGAGGCCUCCAUUCUACCAGAGUAACAUGAGAACUAUGCAAAAAAACUAAACCACAUGACAGCGUUUGCUACCUUCAUUACCUAUAGUAUUUUUUUAGGUUCACGUGGUCAUUACAAAUGAUGUUAGAUUCAGGCUUUGAUGGACAAACCACUACCAAUAGUCUUUCCACAGCCCAGGUGUCUUCCAUCUGUUCAAAUCUGUUGAACUGAAAUUGGUCAAAUUUACUACUGCACGGUAUUUAUGUUUUCCAGGCUUUGUAAAGUGCAUUUGUAAUUUAAGGACUGGAGGAACGUUACAGCAUAUUCCACAUCUUGAUUACCUGCGUUUUGUAGGCCCUGAAGAAUAAAUGUCCCCUGACUCAACUAAGUACCUGCCUCGUUCAUCUCACCAUGCGGAGAGACCUUUUU